AUGGAGUCUGUAGAGGAUAGCGGCGGUGAUGGCUCCUCCAAGAAGCCCACCAAGGGCCCGAGGGCAUGCGGGACCUGUGCGCUUGCAAAAUGCAAGUGUGAGCCUGGUUCUGGCCCGUUGGGAAAGUGUGAACGAUGCGAACGUCUGAAGAAGAAAUGCACCAAACAGAUUCCGGCUCCGCCUCGCCGACGGCGAAAGGACCGCAAGUUAACCCGCGUGGCCGAGCUUGAAAGACGUCUCGAGGCCCUCACAGAGCAGAUAGCGGCCGGAGGCGGUCGUGCCGGUGCCGGAGGGAGCUCAGGAAAGUCUGAAACACCAGGCAGCGCCAGCACCGGUGAAGGGCUCGAGAACCACCAUCACUCCUCUCUCGGAGGCUCUGAACUUGAUGGCCAGCAACCCCUCCCAGCCAUCUCACCAGACUAUCAUCACAGCACCAGCAGUGGCCCCAAGAUCUCUGUCACGAACCACCAUUUCACGCAAGCACCAUGGAACGGCGAGCCAUUCGAGGCCCUCUUGCCACCGAGCGAGCUCAAGUUUUCACCUAUUCUUAGCAACCACCAAACACCUCAGUAUGGUCAUCAUCAUCAUCAUCAACACCAGCAUCACCCUCAGCACCAGCAAACCCUGGGCGGCCUGGCCGUAUCAGCGGCAGGUUCUGUCAUGCCAGACGCCAUGAUGACCUCUGCCUCUCCGCCUUCUCACCCCUCGCCAAUGACAUCCUCCAAUGCUUCAGACUCGAUCUGGCCUGAAGGCCAAGAAGCCGAAGAUUUGCUUCAGGAGUACCGCUCCCACAUGCAGCAUCUCUACCCCUUUGCCUUAGUCCCACCAAACCUGAGUGCCCAUCAAAUGAAGGAACAACGCCCCUUUUUCUGGAAAGGGGUCAUGGUUGAAGCGUGCCAUCACGAUGGAAGGAGACAAAUGGCACUGGGGGACCAGCUGCUGAGAGACAUCAGCGUGGCAGCCUUUCAGCAGAGCAGCCAAAAGGGCCAGCCGUCGCUGGGGGCGGGGCUGGACUUGCUUCAGGGGGCGCAGGUGCUGCUGGCGUGGUAUCAUUACAAUUUGGUGGCGGCCAAGACGACGAACCUGCUGUUUUUGAUUCGGAGCUUUACGGCGAGUUUGAAGUUUGAGGUUUUGGAUGCUCAAGAGCAGAAGAAUGCCAUUGCGGGUCUGGGAGGGCAGCCCAGGUCGGAGGAGGCAUUGGAGAGAAUGAGGGCGUUUGCGGGGACGUAUUAUUUGGUUACUGUAGCCUUCACCACAAGUCACUGCCCGGACCAGCUCAUGCCCUCGCCGUAUCUGAUGAGGUGCUGCAAGGUGCUGAUUACGGAAAAGAGCUCGCCUGAUGAUGAGCUGGUGGUUCAUUUGGUCAGGGUGCAGCGGGUGUCUCAGCACAUUUCGAUGAACCUGGCCAACUGGUACAAGAAGCCUUUGAAGGAGCGCAGGCCGUGGAAUCAGGUGGUGGAAAACCUGAGGCUGUUUCUGCAUGGGGAGAAGAAGAAGGUGCCGAAGCGGAUCAUGGAGAAUUUCUCGAUGAAGGGCCACUUUAUAGUCGCUGAACUCCUCAUCUACGAAGGCUUUUUGAAAACUAGCGGCAGCAUAGGCGGCUCAUCAGUCACUGCAUCCUCCCUGCCAGAAGACGAAGACCCCAGCUUCAAGACAUCCCCCUCCAACGGUCUCGGAAACGACACGCCCUCUUCGCACUCGAGCAACAGCCGCCCUGCCUCUGUCAUCCCCCUGCAGGACCGCCUCGACAUCCUUAUGAAAUGCGUCCGCCUGGUCAAGGAGUACAUGCACGCCCGCACGGCAUCGGAUCAGUCUGACUAUCCCAGGUUCAUCUCCAUGUCCUCGUUUGAUCUCACCUAUGUGUUUGUCAGGAUGCUCAAGCUCAUGACUUUGUCACUGCCAGGGUGGGACGUGAGGACAGUACGAAGAGAAUUUGAUGGGUACUUGGAGAGACAUAUCAAGGACAUGGAGCACACUGCCGGACGGAGGAAGAAGAGGAGCAGGACGAUGACGGGGGCGAGCAACUACAACAGUCCGAGUGAUGUUUACAGGACGCCUCAGGGGGUGGUGGGUGGUGGGGGGAGUGGAAUGGGGGGGUCGCAGCAGGGGCAGGAGAGGGAGAGGGAGGAUCCGUUUGCGCAGUUGGCAAGGAAGAUUAGAGAGUUGAAGAAGGCUUUUGUGAGUUUUCCUUUUCUUUCGCUUUUCGGUUCAGUGGUGGCUAACGGAAUUAUCUACACAGGAUCAAGAUCUUCAGGAUGGACAGUCGACGGCGCAACUUGCGGAAACGACGGCGCAGCUGGCGGAGCUGUAUGA